AAACCAUAAGUCAAAAGACUCAUUAGUGCUCCAUGAAGAACAUAAACCAGUGAGAAGCUUUCUAUUCUCACUAUUACUCUAUUUGCUCACAUGAUGAUGAUGAUGAUGAUGAUGAUGAUGAUCAUGAAGAACAUCAUCUUCUUCUUGGCAACUUUGCUUCUUUUCAGUCAUCAUGUUCUUUCACUUCCAUUGUGUACAGAUUCUAGAGCCCCACUUCCACCCAAGACUCCUUUGACUUUCUGUAGAUACAAUGGCAGUUCAUGCUGUGACUCUGCCCAAGAUGCCAAUUUAAAGAAGCAGUUUGAAUCCAUGAAUGUGUCUCAACCUGCUUGUGCUUCACUUCUCAAAUCUAUCCUUUGUUCGAGAUGUGAUCCAUUUUCAGCAGAACUCUUUACAAUCAACACUGUUGCUAGACAAGUUCCUGUGCUUUGCAACUCUACUGCUGCCAAUAACAACUUUUGUGAAACAGUAUGGGAUACAUGUCAAGAUGUAUCUAUAACAAACUCACCAUUUUCACCAAUACUACAAGGCCAAACUCCAACUCCUUCAAAUACAACCAACAAAAUUACUGAUAUCUGGCAAUCCAAAUCAGAUUUUUGCAAUGUAAAUGGUGCGCCUUCAGCCAAAGAUUCUGUUUGUUUUGACGGAGAAAAAGUAAGCCUGAACAUAACUACAAAUAGCACCAAAUCAUCACCAGGUGGUAUGUGUUUGGAGAAGAUUGCCAAUGGUUCCUACCUGGAUAUGGUGCCUCACACCGAUGGUUCAAACCGUGCGUUCUUUUCCAACCAAAAAGGCCAAAUUUGGUUGGCUACAAUUCCAGACAUUGGGUCUGGGCGCGUGUUGGAUAUAGAUGAGUCCAACCCGUUUCUUGAUUUGACUGAUGAGGUUCAUUUUGAUACUCAGUUUGGGUUGAUGUCAAUAGCUUUGCACCCUAACUUUGCACAAAAUGGGCGGAUCUUUGCUUCGUUUAACUGUGAUAAGUCCAAAUCACCAAAUUGUGCCGGAAGGUGUGCUUGUAAUUCUGAUGUGAAUUGUGAUCCUUCUAAGCUAAAUUCUGAUAGUGCGGCUCAACCCUGCCAAUAUCAAACUGUGGUGGCAGAAUACACUGUUAAUGGGACAGCAACCUCUCGGGCAUCCGUAAUUCCAAAUGCUUCACCAGUGGAAGUGAGGAGGAUAUUCACAAUGGGUCUUCCUUCCACGUCUCACCAUGCCGGACAGAUUAUUUUUGGACCGAAUGAUGGCUACUUGUAUUUCAUGAUGGGGGAUGGUGGUGCUGGCGAUCCUUACAAUUUUGCACAGAACAAGAAGUCAUUGCUUGGCAAGAUUAUGAGAUUCGACGUUGACAACAUUCCCAGUGAAGAAGAUAUUACGCGUCUUGGGCUAUGGGGAAACUAUUCUAUCCCAAGGGAUAAUCCGUACAUCCAAGAUAAAGAUUUGCAGCCCGAAAUAUGGGCCUUGGGAUUUAGUAACCCGUGGCGUUGCAGCUUUGACUCAGAAAGACCAUCUUAUUUCAUGUGUGCAGACGUAGGCCAGAACGACUAUGAAGAGGUGGAUGUGAUCACUAAAAAUGGGAACUACGGGUGGCGAGUUUUUGAAGGAAGCUCCAUUUACACCCCUGAACAAAGUCCUGGUGGAAACACAUCUAUAAGCUCCAUAAAUCCUAUUUUCCCGGUAAUGGGAUACAAACACUCGGAUGUAAACAAGAAUGAAGGUUCCGCUUCUAUCGCUGGAGGGUUCUUCUAUCGGUCUACAACUGACCCGUGCUUGCACGGAAGUUAUUUGUAUGGCGAUCUAUACGCUCACAAUAUGUGGGCAGGUGUUGAGACCCCUGAAAAUAGCGGGAAUUUCACAUCGAGCAGUAUUUCGUUUGGCUGUGCCAAGGAAUCUCCUGAACCAUGUAGUCUUGUCCCAGGAAGUGAACUUCCUGCAUUGGGUUACCUCUUUUCAUAUGGGCAAGAUAACAGCAAAGAUGUAUAUUUGUUGUCCAGUAGUGGUGUGUAUAGGAUUGUUCCUCCAAGCCGUUGUGGGUAUACCUGUGCAUAUGAAAACACGACCUCAGAUUCAAACUUGGGUCCUGGAUCGCCUCCUAAUUCAAGUGCAGACAUAUUGAACGGUUCAUCCAAGGGCAUACUAGUGCUUCUAUUAUUUCUCCUUGGACUGAACUACUAAACUCCAUAAUAGCUUCCACUAUCUGAGGCCUAGUCUUACACUUAUUGUAUCAAGUAACACAUGUCAUUUUUCCCGUCUAUUCUAUAUUCCUGUAAUAUUAUGAACACAAUGUUAAUGUUGCCAUUAUUUUCGGUGAUAGACGCCUAUAAAUGUCCAAUAAGGUGCUUUUAUUUGCAGAAAA